AUGCACUUCUCUACUGCGGCGCUCCUGGCCUUCUCCUCUGUCAGUGUCACCUACGCUGCUCCUUUCGCCAACACCCAGAAUGAAGACCUUUCUCGCCGCAAGGCAACCUACGAGGUUGUCAACGUUGAUGGAGAACCCUCUUCUUCUGCCGCUCCUGAGAUUGAUACCGUCUUUGAAACAUCAACCGUUACUGCGCCUGGUGCCAACCCUGUGCCUGUGACUGUCACUAUUACCGCCACCCCUUCCAGCUCUUCCGUCGCUCGUGCUGCUAGCUCCACUCCCUGCUACGAGACUCCUGUUGCACGCAUUGAUAUCCCCCUCCCAUCCAUUGCUCUCCCGGAGGCUGGCUCAAACUCUUUCUUCCGCCGUGGCUUGAGAGCCGCUGGCCAGCCAGCUCUCUUUGCUCGGGAGUACGCUAGCUCUGCUUCCAGCUCUGCCUCUGCUUCUCUCUACGCUCGCGAGUACCCCCAGCCAUCCAGCACCGGCGCUCUCUAUGUCCGCGAUUACUCUACCUCAUCUGUUCUGCUCUCUGCCACUCCCUCGGUCGCUAGUUCCCUCUAUGCUCGCCAGUGGGGUACUGCCUCCCCCUCCUCUUCGGUUUCCUUGGUUCCCAGACAGUUUGGCGGCUGGUAUUCUUCCACUCCCUCGCCUACUGCCAGCGUGCCUGUCUCCGCCACUCCUCUGGUUGCCCGUGAUUUCGGCGCCGGAUCCUCCACUGACGUUCCUGCGUCCUCUUCUGCUACUUCCUCCAGCUCUGCCUCUCUCAUUGCUCGCGGCUGGUACUCUUCUGCCUCCGGCACCCCCUCUUCCAGCGUGAUCCCCACCUCGGCUGUGCCCCUCGCUGUCCGUGGUGAGUUCGGCUGGUACUCUCCUAUCGCCGGCUCUUCUUCUGUUGCCACCCCUACUGCCUCGCCCUCUCUUGUGGCCCGUCACUACGGCAGCUGGGCCUCUUCCAGUGUCUCUACCCCCGUCUUCAGCGCUUCUGCUACUCCUGUCGCCUACUAA